AUCCCUGUGGAUACCUGGGGGUUACCUGUGAGCACCUGGGAGACACCUGUGGGUACCUGGGGUUACCUGGGCGCACCUGUGGGUACCUGGGGGUUACCUGUGAGCACCUGGGAGACACCUGUGAGCACCUGGGUUUCCCUGGGGAUCACCUGUGGGUACCUGUGAGGCACCUGGUGGUACCUGGGUUUACCUGGGGGUUACCUGGGCGCACCUGUGGGUACCUGGGGGUUACCUGGGCGCACCUGUGGGUACCCGGGGUACCUGUCCUGAGCAGCCCAGGUGUUGCAGACUCGCUGGAGCCGGAGCCGCCUCACCUGCGCCUGGCCGGGGGCGGGCACCGCUGCGCGGGGCGGGUGGAGCUGCUGCACCUGGGCAGGUGGGCCGGGGUCUGCGGGCACACCUGGGGCCCGCGCGAGGCCCAGGUGGUCUGCAGGCACCUGGGCUGCGGGACCCCCCUGGACGCACCUGGGGGCGCACCUGGGGACGCACCUGGGGGCGCACCUGGCCAGGUGUGGCUGGACCAGGUGAGCUGCAAAGGCACCGAGAGAGACCUGAGGGAGUGCAGGGCGGGGCCCUGGCGGGAGCGCACCUGUGCCCCGGGGGGCGUGGCCAACGUGACGUGUUCAGGUGGGUGUGACGUCAUCCUCGCCUGUGUGUGUGUGGGGGGGCUCGGGUGGGUGUGCUCAGGUGAGACCCCAGCGCCCCCAGGUGAGGCCCUGGCACUCUCAGGUGUGACCACGGCACCCUCAGGUGCGUCCCUGCCUCACCCAGGUGUGACCCCGGCGCCCCCAGGCGCGGCCCUGCCGCCCUCAGGUGCGACCCCGGAACCCUCAGGUGUGCCCCCAGGUGCGACCCUGGAACCCUCAGGUGAGCCCCGGGAGGGCCAGGUGCGGCUGGCCGGGGGCCCGCACAGGUGCGCGGGGCGCGUCGAGGUGUUCCACGCGGGCAGGUGGGGCACGGUGUGCGACGACACCUGGGACCUGGCGGCCGCGCGCGUCACCUGCCGCCAGGUGCGCUGCGGCCCCGCCCUCUGGGCGCCGGGGGCGGCGCAGUUCGGGCGCGGCUCAGGUGCGAUCUGGCUGGAUGUGCUCAGGUGUGCCGGCACCGAGGCUCACCUGGCCGAGUGCCCCGGGCACACCUGGGGGCGCAGCGACUGCUACCACGGAGAGGACGCCGGGGCCGUGUGCGCAGGUGAGACAGGUGAGGUGCGGCUGGCGGCCGGGCCGCACCUGUGCGCAGGUAGGGUGGAGGUGCUGCACGAGGGGCGCUGGGGCUCCGUCUGCGACCGCGGCUGGGACCUGAGCGACGCCCAGGUGCGUUACCUGCCCCAGGUGUGUUCCCUGCCCCAGGUGUAUAUUUACCUCACCCAGGUGGUGUGCCGCCAGUUCGGGGAGGGGGCGGGGCCCAUCUGGCUGGACGGGCUCAGGUGCGCCGGCACCGAGGCUCACCUGGCCGAGUGCCCCGGGCACACCUGGGGGCAGCACUCCUGCAACCACGCCGAGGACGCCGGGGCCGCGUGCGAAGGUGAGGCACGGGUGGGACAGGUGGUGUGCCGCCAGGUGGGCUGCGGGCGGGCGCUGGCGGCGCCGGGCGGGGCGCGGUUCGGGCGGGGCUCGGGCCAGGUGUGGCUGAGCGAGCUCACCUGCGCGGGCAGCGAGCGGCACCUGGGCCAGUGCCCCGCCCCCCCCUGGGGCAGCAACACCUGCGGCCACGGCCAGGACGCGGCGGUGGAGUGCGCAGCCCCGCCCCCCUCGCCCUCACCUGCGCCAGGUGAGCCCCGGGAGGGCCAGGUGCGGCUGGCCGGGGGCCCGCACAGGUGCGCGGGGCGCGUCGAGGUGUUCCACGCGGGCAGGUGGGGCACGGUGUGCGACGACACCUGGGACCUGGCGGCCGCGCGCGUCACCUGCCGCCAGGUGCGCUGCGGCCCCGCCCUCUGGGCGCCGGGGGCGGCGCAGUUCGGGGAGGGGGCGGGGCCCAUCUGGCUGGACGGGCUCAGGUGCGCCGGCACCGAGGCUCACCUGGCCGAGUGCCCCGGGCACACCUGGGGGCAGCACUCCUGCAACCACGCCGAGGACGCCGGGGCCGCGUGCGAAGCCCCGCCCCCCUCGCCCUCACCUGUAACUCACCUGUCCUUACCUGUCCGUUCAUGA